AUGUUGAUAUCGUCAAUUUUAUUUCUUUAUGGGGUGCCGGCGAUUAAAUUUGAAGCCAUGGUUUCAAACUCGGCGUUAACCGUCCUACACGAUUCUCGGCAGUCGACAGUCAAUAUUCGGCAAUGCACGUGUAAGGAGAUGAACGAUGGCUUCGAGGAAGCCAAAGAACAAGCUUUUGAAUGUCUAAUGGAUCCAUGUUUUGAGGAAGUGAAAAAGAUGGGACUUGUGCAAAAUACGGACGUGAUCCGGGAAUGCUUCCGUCAGAAGAAGGAAUUCAUGAACAACCUGCUGCUCUGCUUCCAGAACAACAUCAAAGCUUGUACUCCGCCCGGAAAACAGGAAAAACAAGUGCCAUCGGCGGAUCUGAAUCUGCUGAUUGAUCGGGCCGAAGAGGUGAUUACUCAACAGCUCGCCGUUUUCCUGAAAACGAUCAAUGCCUCGGAUAUUCAGAAAGUGGGUGAUGCGGCCAAGGCCGUCGGUCGCUGCGUGAAGUUGUGUUUUGUGAACGACAAGAACAAGAAUGGGUUCAGAUUUGAUCGUAUCGGGUGCAUGCCGUACAUUACGGAUCGGAACGCCAGACGAUCAGUACGGCAAUGCUCACGGGCAAUCAACUGGAAGAAGGAGAUCUCCGAGAUGUGCACAUGUUCUGCCCAUGCGGGGAUCGGAACGCUGGCCAACUACUGCGGCAUCUUCACGCUGAUGGGUCGA